CGGCCUCUCCCCACCUCCUUUUCCAUGACCCUGGGCUGCGGCCGCUGUCCCGCUGUCCUCCGCAAUGUUUCCUAGCCCUGUGACAACCACCCCCUUCUCGGUGAAGGAUAUUCUGAACCUGGAGCAGCAGCAGCAGCAGCACAGCGGCCUGGGCUCCAUGGAGCUGGCCUCGCUGGCCUCCCCGUCCUGCAUGCUGGCCACCUUCAAGCAGGAGGGGUUCGGCUCCGAGCCCCCCGCCCUGCCCGAGGAGCUGCCCGAGCCUCCCCCCGGCAAAACCACGGCCGCUUUCCCCGGCUCCUACUACGUGAAAAGCUACGUGGAGAUGGACUCGACCAAGGAGGCCAAGGCGGACAAGAAAGAGCUGUGCUCCCUACACAAGAGCCUGGAACAGGAGAAAAGAGACCUGGAAGAUCCCGAGCGCCCCAGACAGAGGAAAAGGAGGAAACCUCGCGUCCUCUUUUCUCAAGCCCAAGUGUACGAACUGGAGAGAAGGUUCAAGCAGCAGAAAUACCUCUCGGCCCCCGAGAGGGACCAUCUAGCGAACGUCCUAAAGCUCACCUCCACGCAGGUGAAAAUUUGGUUCCAGAACCGAAGGUACAAAUGCAAAAGGCAGAGGCAGGACCAGACGCUGGAGAUGGUGGGGAUCCCUCCCCCGCGGCGGAUCGCGGUGCCGGUGCUGGUCCGCGAUGGGAAGCCCUGCCUGGGGGAAUCUUCUCCCUACAGCUCGCCCUACAAUGUCAGCAUUAACCCCUACAGCUACAACGCCUACCCCGCGUACACCAACUACAACAGCCCCGCCUGCAACGCCAACUACAACUGCAACUACCCCUCCAUGCAGCCCAUGCAGCCCUCGGCGCCCGCCAACAACUUCAUGAACUUCAGCGUGGGGGACUUGAAUUCUGUGCAAAAUCCCAUCUCGCAGGGCAACGCGGGCAUCUCCAGCUUGCACGGGAUCCGAGCCUGGUAGAGCCGGCCGGGGAUGGAGGGGCCGCGCCUGCCAGCCGGGCUCGGGACAUUUCGGGGCUUGGGGAGGGCUCGGCG